UUGGUUUUGUUUUUUAACUGUGUCAAAGGUCGGCAGGUUGGGGGAAAGCCGUGUCAAAUACUUUGUCAGGAAGAUGGAGGAGAUUUUUAAGAAGUUGAGGGACCCUACUUCCGGUCAACAAAUCGCGGCCUUGCAGGAGAUUGGUCAAAGAGCAAAGGAACUGUCUCCCUCCCACCGCUCGGAACUGGUUGGGAUCCUGAGUUUGAUUUUAACCCCGACUCUGCCAUCCGUCAAAGACCCGUCCGUUAUCUUUUCUCAGUUGCUCCGAUCUUUGGCGAUCGUGUGUCCAACAGUGUUUUCAGACCAUGUCAACGCCUCACUUCUCCUCACCCGCCUCCCAGUACACUUGAUAGGGCAGGAUGGAGAAGGCCACAUUUCGAAUGAAGACAUGACGAAUCUCCUUACUCUGGUGGAUUCUUUGACUAAAAUCUGUGCCUCGGCUGCUUCAUUUACUCUCUCUUCCCACCUGAUUGACAAACUACUAAUUGCCGUGACCCACGUGUUGACAUCUCGUCCCGAGACAAGCACCCAGUUCACGUCGGCAUUAGCCAUCCUGACCAACCUCUCGAGCACUGGACCACUAGCGGUGAGGACAAUCCAAAAGUCUGCUCGCUUCAAGAAGACAGUGUGGCCCAAGUUGGUCGCCAUUUUUAAUGCACGGAUCCAACCGAACGAAAAAAACGUGCGAAAUUCCAUUCUCUUGGCGAAGUUCAUGCUGACGCAAGAUCUUCACUCAUCCUCGACGCUGUUCACUUACGCCUUGCAUCAUUUGGGAGCAUUAGCCGGAAUUGUGCUGGGCGGUUCGAACGACAUGAUGGAGCUCGUUUCUGAAUUGGCAGUGGUGUUUGAUCGACUCGUCAAGAGGUUGGAGUCCAGGGCGGGGACGGACCCUGUUACAGAGUCGCAGAAACCGGACGAUGAUCCCGAGUCAAUGGCAGCAUCUGUUCGCACGUAUGUGGAGCUGGUCAAGCUGACAGUGGAAAAAGUCAAGAAACUGACUGUUGCAAAAUCACGGACGUCGGUUACUGCCAAGCCCAUCCUACAACUACUGAAGGCACUCGUACCUGAAUAUAAAACAAAUGAGCUAACACUUCCAGAUACCUACGAGGCCAUUUUCUCCAUUAUCCACAGUCUGGAACUUGAUCCAGGUCGUGGUGACGAUGUUGUCAACCAAGGCGAUAUUUACCUCGCGUAUCAUCACUUACUCUCUGCCAUGGCGACCUUACCAAAUGGCUUCUUUAUGAAAAAGUCAGUUCUUGACCUUCUCGAGAAGGUGAUUGAGAGUGUAAAAUUACAGCCCGGCAUUUCACCAGAGAUUAUUCGACAAAACACCACAGCUUGUCAGCUCCUCACCCUAUCCCAAAAAGGGACCAUGCAAGGCAACUCGACCAUCCGAGAACGUGUUGUGGCUAAAAUUCAGGAGGAGAGCGCUUCUUGCGAAAAACUCAUCAAGGAUCUCAUCGAGGUGGAAAGUACGACGGAAGUUGUGUGGUGUGUAAUCGAAGUGCUCAGCCUUCUGGCGAAUAAUUCUCGCUCAAAAGUCAUCCUUGGCUUGUUACUGACUGGAUUAAAUGGUGCAAGUCGCCACUUGGCGAUGGCCAUACACUCGACACAUCCCACUCUGGUGAUGCGAGCACUCUCAAUCACAGCGGCCGUGGGGUUUUCUGGUGAUAAUCUUAAGGAGUUAUCAGAGUCGUUGGUUAAAAUGAAUCAGUACCAGGUUAUGCACGCUUCCAUUGAGCAAAGGCCCGACCCUCUCUCACCCACGGCCACCCUGGGUCUCUCAAUGAUCGAGUCGGCUUUGGAAGCGGUGACUAACGACAGCCAAAUGAGUGACGUGACGGAGUCGGUGUCAGACACGGUAUCGCAGCUCUACGUGGUUACAAUGUACCAAAGUAAGUUGGAUGUUGCGGAACUGCGAUUAAAAAGGUCGGAGGAGCGAGUUUCUCAAAGUGAGGAGAUUAUCAAUAGGCAGAAUAAAUUGUUGAACCAGCAUGGUGAGAUUGUAGCUAGACAGUUGGCCGAGAUGGAGCUGAAAGAGGAGAAUUGUCACUCCCUGAGAAAGGAAAUACUCUGCCUGAAGGAUAUCGUGAAUCAACAGGAAGGUCUUUCUGCCGAGACUUCCAAGGCUCAUGAAGAGAAGUUACGAUUCUCGCAGAAAAAGAUGAAUGAACAAGCGGACAAAAUUUCACUACUGGAGGAAGAGGUGGAGAAAAUUGAGACUAAUCGGCAACGACUAGAGAAACUACUCUGCAAAGAGAAAGAUGGUCGUAGGGCAGAUGCUAUCAAGAAGAAAGAGGUGGAAGAGGAGCUUAAAAAGAAGGAGGAGGUUUUGUCGAAACAAAACACAAAGGUAAACCGACUCCAAACUGAAGUUCAACGUGGCCAAGAAGAACAGAAACGGCUAGAACAUCUCCUCGAGAAGGAAAAACAGACAGUGGAAAUCAUCCGAGGAGUUUUGGGAAACAAUUCUCGGAUAGCUUAAACAAAUAGAAAUUAAUUAACAGAAAGAAUAUAUCAAAAAUAAGCAUCUUUUCCUUCCAUCUCUGUGUUUUUAUAUAUGUACUUAUAUUAGGAACAAAGUUAUUGUAAAUUAACGAUACUGUAAUAUUUUAAAACAACCACUUUCCAAGAUCUUUGAAUUUAUUUCUUUAUUGAUCCCAACUAUUUAUUUCCCCCUCAACCAAAAUUUGGUAAGAUUUAAAUUAGGACGUACAGAGAGCAAGUAUUUUGUACCUUUUUUUUUAAAAAAACGAAAUAAUCAAUAAAGCCAAGUGAUCCAUAGCAUCAUGGAGGGGUGUGCAAUAACAAGA